AUGGGGACGUCCGCUCCCCCCUUCUCAGGCCUGAGGUGCAGAGAUAUACCUCCCCGUCCCGGGGCUUGGCCAGCACUGCUAGGGACACAGAAGGUAUACAGCGAGUGUAGCUCAGGGCAUCCUGCGGGCGGGCUGCCGCUCCGUUCCGCGUGCUUGUCCGCCGCGCCCAGGCUGGGCGCUUUCACGCACCUGGUUCCAUCUGCACAGGGUAUGUGCAGGGGGCGCUGGGCCGCAUUCCCCAAAUGGGGAAACGGAGGCACGGAGAGGAAGAGCUGUUCUCCCUCCUCCGCAACCACCGGUCUGGCCGGCCCCUGUGGGCGGUGCCCUGGGAGUCACCUGGGACCAACAGAGGCCUUGGCAACGCACGCAGCAGUGCUUGUGGCAGCAGCAGCCAUAGGGAGGCCAGGCGUGGAAGCGGCACCAGACUCGGAGCUGGCCAGGGUCCCCUCGCCUAUGGAGCACUUAGCCACCACAGGCCCCAGGCCUGGACCUCCCCCUUGGCGGGUGGAGAAUGUUGUGCUGCGAGCCAAGGACUGGCUGCCAGGAGCUCCUGGGGGCACCGCAGUGUGGGCCACCAGCUUGGAAGCAGAGGUCCCACCAGAUCUAGCGCUCAAUAAGGAGCAGCAGCUGCAGAUCUCCAAGGAGCUGGUCGACAUUCAGAUCACAACCCACCACCUACAGGAGCAGCACGAGGCUGAAAUCUUCCAGCUGAAGAGUGAGAUCCUUCGGCUGGAGAGCCGGGUGCUGGACCUGGAGCUGCAUGGAGAUCGCACCAGCCAGGGCUGUGCAGUCCCAGUGGAGUCUGACCCCAGGCACCCCCGGGCACCAGCCCAAGAGCUCAGACACAAAGCCCAGGUGCCUGGACACUCUGAUGACCGCAGAUUCCAGGUGCAGCCCAAGAACGCCAUGAACCCCAAGAAUGAACAGCAGAGGCUGGGGAGUGGCCUGCUGGGGGGCCAGAAGCAGCUGCAGGGAGAAGUGAAGUGGGCACUGGAGCAUCAGGAGGCCCGGCAGCAGGCACUGGAGACACGUGUGGCAGCCCUGGGCCGGCAGCUGCAGGGAGCCCGAGAGGAGGCCAGGGCAGCCAGGCAGCGACUGGCCACACAGGCUGUGGUGCUGUGCAGCUGCCGAGGCCAGCUCCGCCAGGCAGAGGCUGAGAACGCCCGGCUGCAGCUGCAGCUAAAGAAACUAAAGGACGAGUACGUCCUGCGGCUGCAGCACUGUGCCCGGGAGGCAGUGGAGCAUGCAGACGGUGCAGGCCAGGCGCCAGCCACCACGGCCCUCCGGACAUUCCUGGAGGCGACUCUGGAGGACAUCCGGGCAGCGCACCGCAGCCGUGAGCAGCAGCUGGCCCGGGCUGCCCGCACCUACCACAAGAGGCUGGUGGAUCUGAGCCGCAGGCAUGAGGAGCUGCUGGUUGCCUACAGGUCACCUGGGAACCCCCAAGCUAUUUUUGACACAGCCAGCUUGGACCUGGAACCACUGCCCGUGCCCCUCGUCACUGACUUCAGCCAUCGGGAGGACCAGCACGGCGGGCCUGGGGCACCACUCUCAUCCCCAAAGAAGGGACCUGGUGGAGCCUCCCAGGGGGGAACGUCAGAGCCACAGGGCCUGGACGCUGCAUCCUGGGCCCAGAUCCACCAGAAGCUCCGGGACUUCUCCCGCAGCACCCAGGUAGGAGGCAAGGGCUGGCCCAGGCUCCUCCUCAUGCCAUGCGCCAGCUCAUGGCUUACACCCCCAUGCCAGGCAGAGCUGGAACGGGAGCGGGCACAGCUGCUGGUCCGGGCCACGAUGGCUGAAGAGCAACUUUCUGAGCUACAGGAGUACGUGGACAAGCACCUGGGCAGGUGGGCAGAGGGAGCUGGGUGUGACCCCAGGGCCUUGGUCUGGCUGGAAUGGAGGAUGAUGGCUGCCUCAGGUGCUAGAAGCAGACCUGUCCACAGCUGGGCAGGUCACUUAAGCAUGGUCCCUCUGAGCAGGUACAAGCACGAAAUCCUGAGGCUGAGGAAGCUAGCAGGUGCAGGGGACCCCUGGAAAGUGGGGGCUGUGCCUCCAGCCAAGCCCCAGCAUCCAAGGACCGGCAGCCACUAGGCUGUCUCCCAAGGAGCAGAGCAGAGCCCGUCACGGCAAGCACGGAGCCCUCCCACCCAGCCCCCCAUGAAACAUGAGUCAGGAUAGAACCCACA